CGUCUCUAAUUGCACUUUAUUUUUCAUUUGUAUCCGGACAACCACUGCUCCCCUUUUUCUUUUUUUUUCACACACACAUAAACCUAUACAACUAUGCGUCUCGAAAAGUGCUACUUUUGCUCGUCGACUUGCUACCCGGGCCACGGAACCAUGUUUGUCCGUAACGACGGCAAGACCUUCCGGUUCUGCCGUUCAAAGUGCCACAAAAACUUCAAGAUGAAGCGUAACCCGCGUAAGGUCCGCUGGACAAAGGCGUUCCGCAAGUCGGCCGGAAAGGAGAUGGCCAUUGACUCUACAUUUGAGUUUGAGAAGCGGAGAAACAUUCCUGUUCGUUACGAUCGCGAUCUCAUGAGCACCACUAUUAAGGCUAUGAAGCGGGUGCAGGAGAUUAGAGCACGUCGCGAGCGUGCAUUCUAUAAGCAGAGGAUGUCGGGUAAUAAGGAGCGCGAGAGAGCGUUGGAUAUUAAGGAGAUUCAGAAGGGCCUGCAUCUUAUUGCUACGCCUACUAUCAAGACUAAGGAGGUCCAGAAGGUGGCUGAGUCGUCUAAGCAGAUGGAUCUGGACUAAGCGAGAACCAACAACAACAAAAAAGGGGUGGAUUUCUUUUUUACUUAUAUUUUCUCCAAACAAAAUAGCAAAUACAACGCCAUAUAUAUGCC